AACCAGAUCCCUGUGCCAGCCCGGGAAGAAUCCAGGCCAUUAGCAGAAAUCAUGGUGAACUGUGCUGAUAUUUCUGACUCCUCGUAUCUGUCGCUCCUGUGCCUCGCCCUGACCUGCAGGGAGUAGCCGAGUGCGAGGGCAGCGCUGCGGAGGAGGAACCGGGACUCUGCUCCGAGGACGGGCUGGGUUUGUUCCGGGGCACAGACGGUCCGUCCUUCUUGCCAGGAAAAAGCACCCAGCGAGCAGGGAGAAGACUGCUCCACAUUUGAUUUUACCAGGCAGGUGGAGGCUUGACAGCUCAGCCCAUCUCAACAGCUGCUGGUGCCAAAAGGAUCCCAGGAACAGCAUCUGAGGGGGUACCUAAAGGCUCCUGCAGCAGAGACCCUGUACCACAGCAAAUCAGGCACACAGGAGUCACCUCCCCAGAAAAAAUGUUUGCAGCCUAUUUUGAUUGCCCCGGAGGCCCAGAAAAUCUCUAUAUGAAAGAAGUGAUGAAACCAGAUCCAGGAGAAGGAGAAGUUCUUGUGAAGGUCUCUGCCAGUGCUUUGAAUAGGGCUGAUUUACUCCAGAGGAGGGGGAAGUACCCUCCCCCCAAAGGAGCGAGUGACAUUUUAGGCCUAGAGGCCGCCGGGCGCGUGGCCGGGCUGGGCCAUGGCUGCUCGGGCCGCUGGAGGAUCGGCGAUGCCGCGAUGGCGCUGCUCCCCGGGGGCGGCCAGGCACAGUACGUGACAGUGCCCGAAGGUCUCCUGAUGCCAGUUCCCAAAGACAUGACUUUUAUCCAGGCUGCAGCCAUCCCUGAGGCCUGGCUAACAGCAUUUCAGCUGCUCCAUUUUGUAGGAAAAGUACAGGAGGGUGAGAGAGUGUUGAUCCACGCUGGAGCCAGCGGGGUUGGCAUGGCAGCCAUUCAGCUGGUGAGACUGGCAAAGGCUGUUCCCAUUGUGACAGCAGGAACUCAGGAGAAACUGGAAGCAACAGCAAACGCUGGAGCAGCUGCAGGGUUCAACUACAAGACGGAAGACUUCAGUGAAAAGGUCCUGGAGUUCACCCAAGGUUCUGGAGUAGAUAUUAUUCUAGAUUGUGUUGGGGCCUCAUACUGGGAGAAGAAUCUCAGCUGUCUGAGCACUGAUGGCCGGUGGAUUAUUUAUGGACUGCUGAGUGGAGGUGAAAUCCACGGGGAUUUGCUGGCAAGGCUGCUUUCCAAAAGAGCCAGCAUCCACACCAGCCUCUUACGGUCCCGAGACAAGGAGUACAAGGAGCGGCUGGUGAGAGCCUUCACACAGGAGGUGCUGCCCCAUUUUUCCGAAGGGGCUUCCCCGCGUCUCCAGCCCCUCGUGGACAGCGUUUACCCCCUGCACGCCAUCGCUGAGGCACACAGGGCGAUGGAGGAAAACAAGAACAUCGGCAAAAUCGUCAUCGAAAUUCCCGCUUGCUUCAAGAAAGGGCCGCUGCAGUAGCUGCUCUGGGACAGUCACUGCGGGGGCUGCACUGCGGCCGUCCUGCGGCUUCUGAGCCACUCCGGGACCGAUGCAUUUGGCUGGCGGGGAGGGGGAAAUGAUAAGGAGGAAGCGUUUAUUAAAGAGGUUCGUGUCGCAAU